AUGUUUGACGUUGUGGAGCAGUACCCGCCCACCUCGGUGUUCAAACAUACCUGCGCUACCUGUGGGAAAACAUACAAGCAUAAACACCACCUGAAGAGGCACCACGACUUCGAAUGUGGAAUCGACCCAAAGUUUAAGUGCGCGUUCUGCCCACAUCGGACCAGGUACAAGGACAGUCUGAUGAAGCAUAUCCUGGCCAGGCAUCAGCAUCUCCUCGACCAGAACGCGCAGUACGGCCCCCAACAGGUGUUGGACGUGCACGGGGAGGUCCAGGCAACCAUGUUCCCAUCGUAUCACGACUUCACUCAGAAUUUAUAA